AUGGCUAUUAGUUGUGGUUGCAAGGGCAGCUAUGAUUCUUCUAAGCAUGCUACUCUCUUAUUAUUUAGCGCUAGAGCAUGCUGCGAUGAUCAUUCAGAUGCAUCUAAGAGGAUCAGUUGCUUGGAGAGUGAAAGGAGUGCUCUACUUGCCAUCAAGUCUGAUUUGUAUAACUCUGACCACUGGCUUUCUUCUUGGACCGGUUAUGAUUGUUGCAACUGGAGUGGAGUCGCCUGUGACAACACCACUAGCCAUGUCAUUAUGCUUGAUGUUCACUAUCCAUUUGAUCAAUAUGCUUCAUAUCCUGACAAAAGUAAGGGUAAUCAUAUCACUGGAGAGAUACCUCUAAGCAUGAGCAAUUUUAUCCACUUGAAGUAUUUAGAUUUGUCUAAAAAUGAUAUCAUCGGAGAGAUACCUUUGAGCAUGGGAAAUUUUAUCCACUUGAAGUAUUUAGAUUUGUCGGAUAAUAAUAUCACCGGAGAGAUGCCUCUCAGCAUGGGCAACCUCUCUAGCUUAUUAAAUUUGGAUGUAUCAUAUAAUGAAUUUUCUGGACUUAUACCGGAUGCUUUGGGCAACCUCUCUAGCUUGCUACUUUUGGAUGCGUCAGUUAAUGAAUUUUAUGGAUGUAUACCAGAUGCUUUGGGUAAUCUCGUCAAUUUGGAGGAAUUAGAUCUAUCUGAAAAUAAUAUUUCUUGUCAAAUACCUGGAAACAUUGGCAGACUUCACAACUUAAGGGAUUUUGAUGCAUCAUGGAAUAACUUGAUGGGGCAAAUUCCAAUGAGUUUGGGUGAUCUAUGCAACUUGGAGACUCUAGAUUUGUCUUUGAAUAAUAUUGGUGGAGAACUAACAAAUCUACUUGAUGGACCAUUUCCUUCGGUCUUAAGAAAUUAUAAAGAAUUAGUAAUUCUUGAUCUUGGUGGGAAUACAUUUUCUGGCGAAAUACCAAAUUGGGUGGGAAGGAGCUUCCCGUUGCUAAAGUUUCUUCGUUUGAGUUCAAACUCAUUCGAUCAUGCUAUUCCUGAAAGUAUAGGAAAUCUUACUUCCCUCCAAGUUUUGGAUCUUUCGUUCAACAAUCUUUUUGGCAGUAUACCUUCCUCUAUCUCAAAUUUCAGUUCUAUGGUUGUGAAGCAAAACUAUACUAAUCGUCCAUUGUAUGUUUGGGGUCACCAUUAUCCUUGUGUUCUUGACCAUCAGCUUUAUCAGUCCUGUGGGAGUCCCCAGAUGGGAAAUAGUUUCAAGGAUAACAUUAUAAUAACUGCAAAAGGGUUAACCAAUGAAUACACUAAUGCUCUUAGUGCAAUGGUAAGCAUAGACUUAUCAAGCAAUCAUAUUUCUGGUGAGAUUCCAAAAGAGAUAACGAAGCUGCAUGGAUUGUAUUUCCUCAACUUAUCCAACAACCAUUUGAUAGGAAGGAUUCCAGAAAAUAUGGGUGCCAUGAAGGAAUUGGAGUCUCUUGAUUUGUCAAUGAACUAUCUCACGGGAGAAAUUCCUGCUGAACUAUCUGCUUUAAGCUUUCUAGAAUUCUUGAAUCUCUCCCACAACAAUUUGUCAGGAAGAAUCCCAACGGGCGGUCAAUUGUCAACCUUCAAUGACUCGAUCUAUGUUGGCAAUGAGGGCCUUUGUGGUGUGCCACUUCCAGCAUGUCCUGGUGAUGAAGCUAAUCAUCAUUCACCAUCUCAAGAAGAAGAUGAAGAGGACGAUGAGAAGCUUGAAAGAGUUCUAGAUUAUGUCAUUAUUGUUAUGGGAUUUAUAAUUGGAUUCUGGGCAUAUUUGGGCAUAAUAUUCAUCAAAAAGACCACAAGGAUUACUCUCUUUAGGAUGGUGGACAAGAUGUAUGACUGGAUGUAUGUGCAACUCUCGCUGAAGUUUACAAAGCUGAAAUUGAAAUGGCGAAAAAAGAGUUUAAGCCCUUGA